AUGAACGCCCCGGAGACCGAUUGGCCAGCCAUUGAUCUGGAUGGUCUGUCUUGGCCUUGGGUGCAUGAAACUCUCUUCCUCCAUGAUGAUCCACCUCCCCUCCCUGCGCCAGCAGUGGGCGAGCCAGCAUCACCUAGCAACCCCAACAACCCUUUUCAGCUCGAUCAGAUGAAUUCACCCCAUGGAACAACCACUCCGGACAUCCCAUCGAUCUUGAAUAACGAGAUCGAGACUCUGAUAGCCCACGCUACAGAUGUUGCGCUAAACAGUGGGAGUCGCGUAAGUCAGUCAGAGUAUUGGAGGAAUGCAGCGUCGAGACUCGAACCCAUUCUUGGUCGAUAUGACGCGACACUCGGCACCUCCAGYCGAUCGCGGCAUAUCCUUCAUCAAGCGAUCUUGGAGCAAUACCUCCCCAAAUUCAAUCGCCUAUGGCCAAUGUUUGUGGAAGCCGGAUUUGAGCCGGRCUCCCUCCAUCCGGUCCUCUAUUUGGUCGUGGUUUCUAUUGGCUCCAUGUACGGAACCAACACGCAGAAGCAGUUUGGCAUGGCUUUGCACAAGAGUCUGCGGCGCUUGCUGGUAGGUAGCUUGUUUGAGUUGGAGAAUCCCGAUGGCAACCUGGUUUGGAUGGCACACGCCCGGCUCUUGACUCAGGUUCAAGGUCUGUACUUUGGACAAUCACAGGGGUUUUCGUAUGCACAGCAUCUUGGCGCAAUUCUGGUUGCUCAGGCUCGCCGUCUGGAGCUCUUCCAGCAACCCGCUCGGUUGAGGUCUAGCCACCAUCAAGUGGAUGAGUUGGCAUCUGGAAGAGAAAAGCUGGACAGAUGGCUGCAGUCUGAGACACGCAAUCGGCUGGCAUUUGGUAUCCUACGAGCCGAUGUCUACACUAGCGUUCUGCUGAACUCGCGACCCUUGCUCUCUUUUGAGGAGAUUGACCUCAUGACACCCUGCUCUGACGACCUGUGGCGUGAUAUGGAGGGCAUGUCCAUCAGCGAAACACUGUUUGCAAUUCGUUUCGAGGACCGACACUACGCCCCGACCAUGUUCUCUGAUCUCAUCAGGUUGUAUCUGGAUCGAGGAGAGAAUGUGCCUACAAUGCGAGCAAUUGGUCACGAGCUUUGUCUUUUCGGCUUACAAGCACCCAUUUGGAAGGUGUCACACGACCCCGACUUGUUUCAGAGAAUGACUGGUAGCAAGUAUGUUCGACGGCCACGUUCCGCGCAAGAUACAGACGUUUGCUCAGCGGGCAGUCCUCCAAGUACCGCCCGAAAGCAAGCUCAGAAUGAGAGGGUUUCUGCUCAGUUCACCAAUACAUACGAUCCUCUCACUGGAACUCACAAUCCUCCUUCGAAUGCUCUCGCCAGAAGUGUCCGGGUGAUGGACGACAUGCAAAGUGAUAGGGAUCGUGUGGAGGAUGCCCUAGAAAGCUGGUACCAUGGCUUCCAGUCUGUGAGGUCACCACAAGCAACCCAGCUUCGGGAUACUCUCAUGAGUUGUAUGCUCCUCUGGCACAUGUCUUACCUCCGACUGUAUGCGCCACUGCAUCAACUACAUGAUAUAUCCUACYAUACUGGCGAGCAACAAAGUCUCAACUCCGAGCUACUCGAGCGGACGCAAGCCUGGGCGAGAAGUGACGAGGCAGACACAGCAGCGAGCAGAGCCGUGAAGAUUUUCAAUCUGAUCUAUCUUGAGCUUGAGCGGCCGGUGGAAAGUCGAGCACGCUUCAACUUUUUGGCUUUUGGUAGUUUACAUCAUGCGGCCGUGGUUCUCUGGACCUUAUCAGAAACUCGAGACACAUUCAAGUCUAUGGAAAUGGAAAGAGAAGUAGGCUGGUUUGGCAAGAUGCUAUGUCAGAAGGAUACGUAUGGUUUACUGAAACUUUGCGCGAAUCUGUUCCGGAUGCUGAGUCCCAUGGGCGGAACAUCCUUUGGACUGGCGGCAGAUCGAUUGUCAACUGCUCGCUUUCCUGCGAGGCAUGAUGAUGAUGUCUGA